AUGAGCAUGCUUUUAUACUUCGUAAUUUCUACGAUAACGACAAGGUCUUCUGCCUACCUAGAUCUUCUAGAUCUGGCCUUGAAGUUACCAGAACAGGGCAAGUUUGAAGCCUACCAAUUCACCUCCUUUGAUAGCAUUAAAGAUCCAAAAUACAAAAGCUUUCGUUAUGGAUUUCCGCCCGGAAUAUACGGUUCAUCAGUUAUACCAACUACACUGUGGUUUUUCCAUUGGAGUUCACAAGAACCGUUCCUCAGGGUCCCCAAUUUCAAUACCAUGCUGCCUGUCCCCGCGGACUGGCUACUCAUCGUGCGUUCCUGCGAUGAAAUUACCUUCCCUCGCUGUUCAUGGGCACAUUUCGUCAAUUUGGCCCAGCCACUACAGAUUGACUUGGAACUCUUUCAGCUCUCUAGAUCAGCGCCGGACAUCUCCACUGAGGACUCCGUGCCAUAUCUCCACGGCAAUUGCUGGCCUAUCCGAUCCGUUGAACAAGUCAGCAUUAUCUACAUCUAUGCUGCGUCCACGAUAACUUGCGUCUGUCGUCUUGGCUACAUGGGCCAUGACUGCUCUCAACUACUAGAUGCCUGCCUCGUUGGGUCGGAGGUGUACUAUGCCUCUGAAUUGGGAGGAGCCAAACCGAUAAUCCCGCCAGGUCGAGAGGCCUGCGGUGUGCGGAAUAAGUGCAUCCCUCACCUCGGCACAACGAGUUUUAGCUGCCAAUGCAGCGAACACUUUGCUAUGGAUCGUGGAUUGCCCUACGACAAUUGCCUUUCUAGUAAAGACCCCUGUUCUAGUCGAAUAUGUGUUGAGGGUACCUGCACCGCCUCGGAGGAUGGUUCCUGGAGCAUUUGCGACUGCGAGGAGGGCUUUACAGGGCCGAUGUGUGAGGAGGCUUUGGGUCAAUGGACCACCUGGUCCGCAUGGACGUCCUGUGAGCCCUUCUGCGGUAGCCAUCGCCUCCGUCAUCGCAUCCGCGUCUGUUCUGGUGAUCGUGAAGAGGAUUGCAUUGGUGCUGUAGAACAGGUGGAAUCGUGUCCGGAAGGUGAGCCCUGUCCACAGAUGCCAUCUCCAGACGAGGCAGAGUGGAGGGACUUUGUCGACUGGUUUUGCAUUCUCCUAUCAGCGACCACUGUCUACAUGGGCCUUUUGCUCCUUGUCCUUACUAUCCUCUCUCUCUGUAAACCCGUCGCAAAUAUCGAGGAGACGUUGAAGACAACGGAUCAGUGUAAACUUACGUCACCGAACAGUAAAACACGAUACAGUGGAGGCGACUGA